GAGAAAAUCCAGGCGCACGUGCAGGUCCUGAAGGACAGGAGAGAAAAGCUGCUGGGGCUGAGAACGGCCGAGGAAGGGAGAAGCCUGAACCUCCUGGAACGAGUGGAGAAGGAGAGGCAGAAGGUCGUGGCUGCCACCCAGGAGCUGCAGCACUUCCUGGAGGGACAGGAGCGGCUCCUCCUGGCUCGGCUGGCAGAGCUGGACCAGGAGAUCGUGAACAGGCAGGAGGAGAACAUCAGGGGGCUCCUGGAGGAGAUCUCCUCCCUCGGCCAGCAGAUCCAGGAGCUGGAGGAGAAGUGUCGGCAGCCGGCGUGUGAAUUCCUGCAGGGCAGCAGAGACAUCCUGAGCAGGCUGGAGAAGGACAACGCCCAGAAGCCAGCGGAGACAUCACCCGAGGUGGGAGAGAAAUCCACUGAUCCUCCUCAGAAAAAUGCUGCCCUCAGAGAGAUGCUGAUGAAAUAUCGAGCCACGGUGACGCUGGACCCAGAGACGGCUCAUCCACGGCUGGUGCUGUCGGAGGACGGGCGGAGGGUGUGGUGGGAGGACACCCAGAGACCCCUCCCCGACCACCCCAAACGCUUCAGCUGCUCCCGCUGCGUCCUGGCCCGCGAGGGCUUCACCUCGGGGAGG